AUGAAACUGACCCCUAGAGAGAUCGAGAAACUAGCCGUGCACAAUGCUGGCUUUCUUGCUCAGAAACGCCUUGCUCGUGGUUUGAGACUCAAUUAUACUGAAGCUGUAGCUCUCAUAGCACUGCAGAUUUUGGAAUUUGUUCGUGACGGUGAAAAGACUGUUGCAGAGUUGAUGUCCAUUGGGAGAGAACUCUUAGGAAGGAGACAAGUUCUUUAUGCGGUUCCACAUCUCUUGGAUACUGUUCUGGUUGAAGCCACCUUUCGUGAUGGGACUAAGUUAGUCACCAUUCAUGACCCAAUUGCUUCUGAGAAUGGAAACCUUGAACUAGCAUUAUUUGGUUCUUUUCUUCCAGUACCUUCACUUGACAAGUUUACUGAGAACGAAGAAGAUAAUAGAAUUCCAGGUGAAAUAAUAUCUGGAGGAGGAAGCGUGGUUCUUAGCCCUGGAAGGGAUGCAGUAAUCCUCAGAGUUGUCAACAAUGGAGACAGGCCAAUUCAGGUUGGCAGUCACUACAAUUUUGUUGAAGUAAAUCCUUGCUUAACAUUUGAUCGAAGGAAAGCAUAUGGCAUGCACCUCAAUAUACCUGCUGGGAAUGCCACACGCUUUGAGCCAGGGGAAAGUAAAAGUGUUGUACUUGUAAGCAUUGGAGGUAGCAAAGUCAUCAGGGGAGGUAAUAACAUUGCUGAUGGUCCAGUUAAUGAUUCCAAUUGCAUAGCAGCCAUGGAGGCUGUGAGCACAAGGGGAUUUGGACAUAUGGAGGAGGAAAAUGCAAGGAAAGGUGUCACUGGAAAAGACUAUUCAUUUACCACAGUAAUUUCUCGAGAGGAAUAUGCUAACAAGUAUGGCCCUACUACUGGUGACAAAAUCCGUCUUGGUGACACUGACUUGUUUGCUGAAAUUGAAAAAGAUUUUGCUUUCUAUGGUGAUGAGUGUGUUUUUGGAGGUGGAAAAGUCAUAAGAGAUGGAAUGGGUCAGUUUUGCGGCCAUCCACCUAAUGGAUCCCUGGAUACUGUUAUAACAAAUGCUGUGAUCAUUGAUUAUACUGGAAUUAUCAAAGCAGAUAUUGGUAUUAAGGAUGGCUAUAUUGUCUCAAUUGGAAAAGCAGGAAAUCCAGACAUGUUGAAUGGUGUAUUUCCUAAUAUGAUCAUUGGGGCUAACACUGAAGUUAUUAGUGGAGAGGGCUUGAUCGUAACAGCUGGGGCUAUAGAUUGUCAUGUGCAUUUUAUAUGCCCUCAAUUAGCGGAUGAAGCCAUAUCAAGUGGUAUCACAACAUUAGUGGGAGGAGGAACAGGACCAGCUGAUGGAACACGUGCUACAACUUGUACACCGGCGCCAUUUCAGAUGAAAAUGAUGCUGCAAUCAACUGAUGACCUUCCCCUAAACUUUGGUUAUACCGGAAAAGGGAAUAGUUCCAAGCCUGAUGAACUACAUGAAAUAAUCAAGGCUGGAGCUAUGGGACUGAAGCUGCAUGAGGACUGGGGAACUACACCAGCUGCAAUAGACAGUUGUUUGACUGUCGCAGAAGAAUAUGAUAUCCAGGUUAAUAUACAUACUGACACCUUAAAUGAAUCUGGAUUCGUGGAACAUACAAUCGCUGCAUUUAAAGGAAGAACUAUUCAUGCUUACCACAGUGAAGGUGCAGGUGGUGGCCAUGCUCCAGAUAUCAUCAAAGUAUGUGGUGUGAAGAAUGUGCUACCCUCAUCAACAAAUCCCACACGUCCUUAUACGUCUAAUACCAUAGAUGAGCAUCUUGACAUGUUGAUGGUCUGCCAUCAUCUUAAUAAGGAUAUUCCAGAAGAUGUAGCUUUUGCGGAAUCAAGGAUUAGAGCUGAAACAAUCGCUGCUGAAGAUAUUUUGCAUGACAUGGGGGCAAUUAGCAUUAUAUCUUCUGAUUCACAGGCUAUGGGUCGAAUUGGAGAGGUGAUAAGCAGAACUUGGCAAACUGCCAAUAAGAUGAAGUCACAAAGAGGACCACUACAGCCUGGUGAAUCAGACAAUGACAACUUUCGGAUCAAACGUUAUGUUGCAAAAUAUACUAUAAAUCCAGCUAUAGCUAAUGGUUUGUCACCUUACGUUGGUUCAGUUGAGGUGAACAAGUUAGCUGAUCUUGUGUUAUGGAAGCCGUCAUUUUUUGGAGCAAAACCAGAAAUGGUGAUCAAAGGGGGUGUGAUUGCUUGGGCUAACAUGGGUGACCCAAAUGCAAGCAUCCCAACCCCAGAACCGGUGAUUAUGAGGCCAAUGUUUGGAGCAUUUGGCAAGGCUGGUAGUGCACACUCCAUUGCGUUUGUGAGCAAGGCUGCUUUAGACAACGGAGUAAAAGCUUCAUACGGACUGAACAAGAGGGUGGAAGCUGUGAACAAUGUGAGGAAGCUCACCAAACUAGACAUGAAACUGAAUGACACCCUUCCAGAAAUCACUGUGGACCCAGAGACAUACACAGUUACAGCAGAUGGAGAAGUUCUUACCUGCACUGCAGCCACUACUGUUCCUCUUUCUCGAAACUACUUCCUCUUUUAAGCUCAAACUCUUCAUAUCCAAGAAACUUUUAAGGAACAGUGGCUACCACUGUUGGCAAAAAAAAAACAUCAAAAUGUCACGCCAACAGUAAAUUUUGCCAAAAUGCCAUGUGGCAUAUUUCGCUACACUAUGUAGCAAAAUAUGCCAUGUCAGAACCAAAAAUUCCACGUGUCAAACAGGGAGAAUUUCGCUGCACAGUGUAGCGAAAUUCUCCCUGUCUGACAUGUGACAUUUUUGGUUCUGUGCAUUCUGACGCGGCAUAUUUCGCUAUACCGUGUAGCGAAUUAUUUGCACACAUAUUUCGCUACACAGUGUAACGAAAUAUGCCACGUGGCAUUUUAGCAAAAUUUACUGUUGGCGUGACAUUUUGAUUUUUUUUAUACAACAGUGGCACUUUGGCCACUGUUCCAACUUUUAAGCUCACUGUAACCAGUCGUGGUUAGCAUGUCUGUAUGUACAAUGCACUAUUUUCUUGGCAGAAACUGUAAGCAUACACAUAUUUAUGGAUGGCCAAAAUUAAUAAUUUUUUGGCCAAGGUUGCA